CGGAGGCUCUAAUUCUUUUUGACCCCCUCUCCCUUUCUCUCUACCUGUCCUGUUUCCCAUUUUCUCAAAAGAAAACCCUUUUCCGUAGCUGACCAAAUCGACUCCAAUCAUCUUCUAAUCGACCAAACCUCCAAAGCGCCAAGAAAAUCAUCAAAAUCGUUGGGAAAGAGCAAAAUCAAGCGAAUAGAUUUGAGUUAGAAGAGAGGUGAGGGAUUUUUUUAUUUAUUUUUUUGUGUGGGAAUCACCGGAGCAACGACACCAAGCAAAAGUUGUAAAAAAGUAAGUAAGGUCCUGGUUCUUCUUCUUUCAAUUUCCUGAAUCUGAGAUAUAAAUGAAGACAAUGAUCGGAAGUGGUGACCCAAAAGCAAUCAGGAUUUUUAAAAAAGAUGUUAUUGUGCUUGACAAACUUUUUUUUUUGUGUCUAUGAGUUCUCAAAUUCCUCAUGUCUACCGGAGUUGACUCAGGCAUUUGAGAGUUUGGUUAAGUUGGGAGUUUGAAUCCCCGUUAAGGAGCAGGAGUUCAGGGGAAUGAUUUGAAAAAAAAAUGAUCAUCUGCAAGUAGGGAAACCUUAACUUAUUAUCAACCUUGUGUACCUGCUGUCUGUUGUUCUUUUAGUUGUUAAAGCAAUCUUUGCAUUUAAUAGGAACUUGGAGGAGUUAUUAGAGACUGGGAAAAUUGUUGUAGCAGUAUAGACAUUUAACAAUUACGGCACUAUUAGCUUGUUAAAGAACUAGUGAGAGACCUCAACUGUAGAGUGCAAGGACUGGAGAUUUUAGUGUUUUACCCUUUGUGAGUUUUUUCUUUCUUGUACUAAAUGCUGCUGUUCUUGAAAUGAUUGCAUAUUGCAAACAUUUUGUAAAACAGAGGACACGCACGUGCUAUAUGUACAAUAUAGCUCUCCGGUCUUUGUUCCAAAACUGUUCUACAGGAUUAGUGGAGACUGAGGAUUGGAAAUUCAUAUUGUUGAAUGGUUAGUUGGACCUCAAGCUCAAGUUGAAUGGUGGUUUAGGUAGGAAGUUGUUUCCAUCCAUGUAUAGUUUGAGACUAGAGUUGCAUGCAUAGUUUGAUGGUACUUAUUAGUUUGAGACUAGUAUUGCAUGUAUAGUUUAAUGAAUAAAUUACAACUUUGUAGUUAUUAAAUUAGUGUUAUGAUUGAUAUGUAUUUGGAAUAACAACCUAGCUAUUGAGAUGGAGUCAGAAUUUGAUUUUACUAUUUAAGUUAGUUGUUUAGUGUUGUAAUUUUAAGGUAUUGACAGUACCUGAGUCCUGGCACAAUCCGGGCAACAGCUCGACUGGAUCUAACUGUUCGUGUUUGAAAAUGGGGUUUGGCCUGGCGGUUGCAGAGAUGAUGGCUUAUGAUUGUGAAAGGAAGCAACAUUUAAAUGGAACAUACAGAAGGCUUGCUCCAUUUCCUGUCCUGCUGUGCUAUUACUAAAAAAAUACCAGUGUUCAUAACUCUUGAGAUCCUGGAAUGGUGCUCCAGGAUGAAAGAUCUUUGAUUGGCGCAUAUGGUCUUAAUAUGUAGUAAAUUAUGUUGUACCUUUAUUAUUUUGAUCCCCGAGAAGGGUUAACUUUUUAUGUAUCUUACUGUUUUAUAGGUUGCCGUUUUUUAUCAUUAAUCAUCAAUGUUUUUAUGUUGGUUUGUUUUUACUUUCUUCUUUAGUUGGCAUCAUAUUUUCUUUUUUCUAGUUGUAAGCAUUACCUAAUUUUGUUGUUCCUCAUACUUGACUCUAUGCUGUAGGAAAAGGUACAGUUAGGGUCAACGGAGAAACUAGAAUCAGUGCUGUGCUUUCAGAAAAUUAAUGGUGCGGUAGCUCCUUCUACUUUUUCCAUAGUUAAGGGGUUUUAGUCGAAUGGAUGAGUUUCAGCUUCAAACCAACUUGAAUGAUGUGACUUGUCCAAUAUGCUUGGAUUUUCCCCACAACGGAGUGCUCCUUCAAUGCUCAUCUUAUAAUAAAGGUUGCAGAGCUUUUGUGUGUGACACAGACCAUUUACAUUCAAAUUGUUUGGGUCGCUUUAAACAAGCGUAUGGAUCUUUAUCUGGAUCACGUUCGCCUUCGACUUCUGAUGAAACAUUAAGUGGUGAUUUGCAGACGGGCAAUAUUGAUGCCACUGGGAUGGCAGCAUGUCCCUUAUGUAGAGGAGAAGUUACUGGUUGGGUUGUUAUCGAUGAAGUUCGCCGACACUUCGAUGGGAAAAAACGCUUGUGUGAAGAGGAAAAAUGUUCUUUCAAGGGGACUUACAUUGAACUUCGUAAACAUGUGCAAGUUGAGCACCCUCAUUCAUGCCCAUCUAAAAUUGAUCCUGCACGUCAGCUUGACUGGGAGAAUUUUCAGCAAUCCUCUGAGAUCAUAGAUGUUCUAAGCACCAUUCAUUCGGAAAUACCACGAGGGGUAGUUUUGGGUGACUAUGUGAUUGAAUAUGGUGAUCGCAACUCAGAAGAGGAUCUUGAGGAUUUCCCUGGGGAUGAAGGAAAUUGGUGGACAUCCUGCAUUCUUUAUCAUGUGUUUGAUAAUUUCCGAACAUCUAGGAACAGAAGACGAUCAAGAGUCAAUAAUGCACGGAGAAGAAACCGGCGUUUAAGUUAUGAUACCUCUAACUCGGAUGAGGGUUCUGUUACAUCAGUAGAAUAUGCAGAUUAUAGGGCUGAAGAGAUUGAAGAUGAGUAUGUUACUUCCAGAAAUCUGCCCGAUCAUCGUAGCCGAAGGCGACAUUCGCGCUUCUUUGACAGUUAGGUUAGCUGCCGUAUCAUGUACAAAUAGAAAAGCGAUCAAUGGAUUCUGGAAGAUGAUUUUGAAAGCCAUUAGAUAGAGGCAAUGCAACGAUUUGUUCAGUUUAGAGUCAGUCACCUUCUGGGGAAGACGGUGUACCGUCUUUGUAACCAUAAUAAAAGGAUAAAAUAUUACUGGAUCACAGCGGAGAUUGAAUAGCUUUCAUCCUUUCCUAAUUGAUCCUCGUUUGUGUCACCUGUUUCGUUUUUAAUAUAUGCAGUUGUAUUGUGGCAGGUUCACUUGACAUAGCUUUAAUUUGCGCUUUCUCUCUCUCUCUCUCUCUCUCUCUCUCUCUCUCUCUCUCUCUCUCUCUCUCUCU